AUGAAUUUUCAAGAAAGAAAUCAACUUUUCUUAAUUGUACAAAAUUUUUUCAGCACAAACGCAUUUACAAAAGCCCCAAACAUCACGGAGUAUAUCCAAUACAUAGAUGAACUAAUUAAGGAUGCCAAUCAAGAAAAUUUAUACGUUUUAGACUUUAUUUUGAAUUUCUUUGGCUUAAAAGAUUCAGCUGAAGUACCAGAUGAAAUCUAUAUGCUGAUCCAUGACAUUACAAUCAUAUUAGAACAAAAACAAAACCAUAUCACAACGUUUUCGAAGUUAAUCUCAAUUCUGAGUAGAAUUAUUGAUUAUUGCUCAUUGGACCCUGAAAAAUUAAGUGAAAUCAUUGAUUUUAAUGAUUUGUUAUCAAAAAUUUUAAAUUUCGACAAGCAAAACUACAGCGAGUUAUCAAUAUCACUCGUAAAGAGUAUACUUAAUAUUAAUUUCCAAAUCAACGAAGAAUUAAGUCAAUUUUUACUGAUUUUAUUAGAAAAUUUUCUUUUUUCAGAGAAUCCUGACUUCGUAAUAUCAUCAUUUGAAGUUAUAUCAAUGCUCAUUGACCAUGGAUUUGAUUUAGAUUAUGAAUAUAUAUUUCAUCAAGUACUUUCGAAGCUUGAUUGUCCAAAUUCAGCAAUUAAGAUUUCUGCAUUACAAGUAAUUGAUAACUUAAGAGAAAAUAUCGAUUUAGACUCCAAUUUUUUGAUUUCUAAGUUGUUAAAUCAAUAUGAUUCAAUUGAUAACAAAUGCAGAGUAGAAUACUUAAGGUUUAUCCAUAAUUGCAUAGUGUAUGAUGAAUCAACGAGAUUGUUUUUGAUUAAUUCCGGAUUUGUUGAAUUUUUAUUCAAUAAUUUUGGAAACUCAUCAAUUAAUGUGAAAGAGAUGCUAUUAACCGUUCUUUAUGACCUCGUUCCGGUUUUAAAUUACAAAAAAAUUGAAGUUUUAUUGAAUUUCAAUUUUUUAGUUGAAAUUCUUGAUUUUAUUAUCAGCACAUCCCCAAAAUUUUCCAUUUGCAUGCUUAUAUCUUCCAUAUAUGGUAUACUUUUGCCACUAGGAAAAGUUGAUUUCCUCAUUAAUUUCAUCAACUCCUAUGAUAACUCCCAAAUGAUCGAAAUCAUGUCAGAAGAGGAUGAUUAUAAAAAAUUUACUGAUAUACUCUUUAGUUUGCUUUAA